AUGGUUGGAAAAUGCCUCUUUUUCGCGAUCAUCGUGCUCAUCUGCUGCUGCUUAGGUAAGUUGGCGGCGCUCUACUCCCUCUCCAGCGCCUCCGCCUUUCGCAGGUUUGGACAACCGGCACGACCACUCUUCAUCAAGUUCGCGGGCUGUUCGAAGCCCCCUUUCUUCCCUCAAGUGUCGAUAGUGACGUACCGGCAGCACGUGUUGAAGACCCUCAUGCAGGUAUUUCGUCUACGGCAUCCCAAUGACGCUAUCGGAGGACCUGAGGUGAUGGCAGCAUGUGCGCAAGCAGCCGCUCUUCUAGACGCCUACCGCAGUCUGCGUUCGGCCUAUUUAGACUACCACAUGCAACACGACCCACACGCCGGCAUGUCAGAGGACAGCGCCGCCUGGAUGGCCGGGCGCUUCAACCUCAUGUUGCAGGAAGACCAGGCAGUUGCAAACGACAAAAAUGUCCGGAAGGGGCUGAAGUGGUGUAUUGACUCAAGUACGGCGGAGAAUGUUAUCUGCGGAGAAACACUGGGGCAAUUGCUUGUCUAG